AUGUCCACUGCUCUCUCUCCGCCCCCUCGCAUCCCCUCGCCCCAGUACAUGUCCUCGCCCCUCCCGUCCCCCCGCCCCGACCUCCCCCGCCGCUCCUCCCGCAACCGCCUCCACCUCCCCGCCCAUCCCGAGGAGCCCCCCAUUCCGCCGCGCCUCAUUGGCUCGCCCCUCCUCAGGCAGAUGACGGUCAGGCCCGACCAGCCGCACCUCCUCAGCUACAAGGCCCAGUCCGAGCUGUGGAUUGACGGCGAUGAGUUUGGCACGCGCAGGACAGAGAGCACACAGACGUCCCCAGCUACGUCCUCUUCCUCUCCCGUCUCGCCCAGACGGCCCGGGCACCGGCGCACGCCCUCGAUCGUUCUCUCGCCGCCGCAGACGCGCUCGCGCUCGCCUCCCCCAAGCCCUAUGCCAUCUGCGCCGCCGCCGCCAGUGCCGCCCAUCCCCUCGUCCGCAUUCGCGACGCCAGGAGCCAAGCGUGCGACCCUGCGCUCGCCGCCCACAGGUUACUCGCAGGUGCACAUUCCGAACAUCGAUCACUCAUCGCCGCUGGCGCCCGCCUCCCAGCCAAUUCGCAACAGCUCGCCCUUCGGGCCGGACUCGGGCACGUCGUAA